AUGUCUGAUCAGCAAGUCGUCCGUGUAUUGACAGUUGGCACUGGUGCUGUUGGCGCAAUCUACUCUUGGAGAUUGGCCCAAUCGUGUGAAGUCACCACCGUUUGUCGUUCCAAUUACGAUGCUGUGCGUCAACAUGGUUUCGACAUUGAGUCUGCCAAGUUUGGCAAAGGAAUCUUUAAACCGCACCACGUGGCUCGUACCGUUGCCGAAGCAAAUGAAUUUGGACCAUUCGACUACAUUGUUGUUACAUUGAAGGCUCUUCCCGACGUUUACAGCACAGCCGAUAUUAUUGCCCCUGCUGUCAAUAAAGGCAAAACGACUAUUGUGCUUAUUCAAAAUGGCUUUGAAAUCGAAGCACCUGUCAUUGAACGGUUCCCUAGUAACCCAUUGAUCUCCGUUGUAGCUUAUAUCGGCACCAGCCAGAUUGCUGCUGGAAAAAUUAAAAUGACAGCCAUUGAACGACUGCAAGUGGGUACUCAUCCAGCUGCAGUAGAUUCGACCGCAACAUGUGAAAAAUUUAAGGAACACUUGACAAAAGGUGAUGUUCUAGUCGAACCUGUCGAUAACAUUGAGAAAGUGCGUUUCGAAAAGCUGUUUUGGAACGGUUCAUUCUCUCCAGUGUGUGCCAUUUUGGGCCUUAACACCACGCAGGUCAUUGAAAACGAGGUUGCUCUGGAUUUAGUGAAACGCUUGAUGCGAGAAAUCAUGACUGCUGCAGAGAAAGCUCUCGGCAUCAAGUAUGAAAUCGAUAACCGUAUCGAAGCAUUAAUUCAAGGCACUGUUGUUGGUGCUCCCAACUACAAGCCAUCCAUGCAACUCGAUCUCGAACGAAAGCAGCCCAUGGAGGUAGUAGUGAUCUUGGGAACAGCGCUGAAUAGUGCGAAAAAGAAUGGGUUGAGCGUACCAACGCUGCAGUUGAUGCAUGAUUUGUGUCGUUCCAUGAAUGUCCAUCAUUUGAAAGCACAACUUUAA